UACCAUUUGCUGUUCGGAGGGUGAUCGUAAUUCGAAGGUGCCUGGCUUAUGAUGUCAAGAACUGCCUCUGGCUUCAUCCUGAGCUCUAUCAAAAACAGCUUUACGUUGGUCCAGAGCGAAAGACGCUGGUAUUCAAAAUGUGUCCUUACCAGGAACUCAAUAAGAUUUCCCAGAUAUCCGGGUAAAAGCCUCACCCGAAGCAGUUUGUGUUACCCAAUUUAUCAGAUAUCCAAAUCCUUGAGUCACACAUCAGCUGAAGAAGAUGUCAACUUCCAGGUACAGCCAAACCAGAUUAAUUACAUCCUCAGAGCCAACGAGUUGUCCCACAAGGUCCCAGAUUUCGAUGGAAAGAACCGAAGUACCAUCUUAAAAUUUGACAGCAACCUGUUGGCGUCUAAUUCACCAUGUGAGGACCGAAGAAGCGCAGCGACGUGCCUACAGACCAAAGGUCACAUGUUUGGGGUGUUUGAUGGACAUGCAGGUUCAGCCUGUGCUCAGUCAAUAAGCGAACGCUUGUUUUAUUACAUAGCAGUCUCUCUGAUGUCACAAGAAACUUUAGAGGAGAUCGAAUUUGCCAGAGAACACAUGAAACCUGUCUUGCCAAUCCUAAAAUGGCACAAGCAUAAAAAUGAUUAUGUGUACAAGGAAGUAGCCUCGCUUUAUGUGGAUCAUCUACGGGUAUACUGGCAAGAAUUGCUCCAGCACGAUAACGAAUCUGGCAUGAAGGUUGCCGAUGCAAUGUCUUAUGCUUUUCAGAGACUGGAUACCGAUAUUUCAUUGGCAGCCCAGGUGCCAACUGAGGACGAGCUGGUCAGGAACCUCAUGUUACAGAUUGCAUUUUCAGGCUCAACGGCUUGCAUAUCACACAUCGACGGGAUUAACUUGACCAUUGCCAACACUGGGGAUAGUCGUGCAAUCAUGGGUGUUCAAGAUGAAAAUGGGAACUGGUCUACUCUUCCUCUAACUGCCGAGCACAAUGCGUUUAAUAACGCAGAGCUACAGAGAGUAAAAUCUGAACACCCUCCAUCUGAAGGCGAGACGGUCGUAACAGAGGACAGACUGCUGGGGAUUCUCAUGCCCCUUCGAGCAUUCGGAGAUGUCCGAUUUAAAUGGAGUCAGGAUUUACAGAAAAGUGUUUUGCAUAAUACCUGUGGCUCUGAACCUUUAAACAUCUAUCAGUAUUCCCCGUCAAAUUAUCAUACCCCUCCCUAUUUAACUGCUGCACCUGAGGUUACUUCUCAUAAGCUGACACCUCAGGAUAAAUUCCUUAUCAUGGCCACUGAUGGACUCUGGGACAUGUUGGAGGACCAGGAAAUGGUGAAGCUUGUCGCUGAACACCUCUCAGAAGACAGUUUGCAGGAACCACAUGUUUCUGUAGAGAAACGCAGUUUAGGAUACAUGCACAAUCUUCUCCUAAAGCGACGAGCUAGAGGUUUUCACAUGCAGGACCAGAAUGUCGCCACACAUCUGAUUAGGCACGCCAUUGGCAGUAACGAGCAUGGCGAACUUGAACAGGAGAAACUGGUGGCUAUGCUAACCUUGCCAGAGGAUUUAUCCAGAAUGUACAGAGAUGACAUUACAGUAACUGUCAUCUUUUUUAACUCUAACGCUAUCGAAGCACACUAUAAGGAGAAUGAAAAUAGAUAAGCCUUCCUCGGAUUGCUAGAUUAUAAGCUCUUGCAACAAGAGCCCAUAGUUCUUUCUGUUAAAGUUGUAAUGUCUUGCAGACUUAUUUGUUACCAGUUUUUGUGGAAAUAUUCUUUAAUUUGUUGUCUACACAACAUUGUAUCUACCUGAGGCCUUCUUAAACUCCAUUGUUCUAAUCUCUACCACUUAUGCUUUAAAAAACAGCACUGUCCUGUCACUGUCUGGGGACUUUGCAGAAUUUGCAAAGACCCCCAAUGGUGACAUCGCUGCUGGUGAUCCAGUGGCUGGGGGGGAAGGUAAAGGUUAUAUUUACUUACCUGAACCUGUUCCUCGCGGACACUUCCAUUUUGUUCCAGCUAGUCUCUUCAACUGAAGCACCAGAAGCCAAUAUGACUGCUGUACUUUCGCGCAAGCGCGAUUUUACAGCAUUGAAGAUUCAAUCGCCUGCUGUCGGGAUUGACACUAACUCAGUGGUCCCCAACCCAUUCUUCAUGGACCACCAACAGUCCAGGUUUUGUCAGUAUCUCCAUUGGAAUAAAAUAGGAAAAUACAUAAGUCCUAGACUGUUGGUGGUCCAUGAGGACUGGGUUGGGGACCACUGCGUGACUCUGCCAGGAGUCUAGGAAAGUCACGCAGAGGAAAUAUACAAACACAAAGUAGUCCCUGUAUAUCUCUUCACUGGGUUGGAAUUUCCAACAGUAAUAUAGAGUAUUUUCAUAAAGAUUCUAUCAUUAUGAAAUACACAUUUUUCAGGAGAGGGAGACAUUACUGCUUUAAAGCACUUUCAUGCAUCUUCAACUCUCUCUCUCUCUCUCUAUAUAUGUAUUUAUAUAUAAAUAAAAAGCAUGUGGAGUAGGAGGAUUCUUUUUAUAUUAUACAAUACAAUGUCGCCAUCUGAAGUUAAAUUUCAGUACAUGGUGCCCUCUAGUGGACAACACAUUAUCUGUUGAGAAAAAAAAAAUUAUUGCUAAAAUAUUAGCAUUUUAUAAGUGCCAACUUAAUCCACAUUAUUGCAAUAGGGCACAAUAAAAAUAAAUCUAAUGAAAAAUGUAGGAAAUAUUGAAAAUGUAGGAACAAACAUUUUACAAAUUGUCCAAUGUAUUUAAAAACACAAGUUGAAUAAUAAGAUCCCUAUAAACAGAUAAUGUUCUAUAGAUUUUAGCAGUCAGAUGGAAAUGUUGUACAAUGUAAUCUGACAUUUCUUACACAGCUAUGCAUUAAAAUGUGAAUUGUUCAGAAUUCUAAGUGAAUUUAUCAUUUUAGGGUAAAACAGUUAAACGGAGUAUUAAACCUCUCAAUGUGUUUCUAAGAGAGAUUGAUGAGCAAACUAUGGUCAUACAAAUGAUCCUAUCAGAUGUUAAAAAGAAAUUUGAAAAAUCUGGAUUUAGUGAAUAAAACUCAAUAUAUUUAAAUAUUUGCUUAGAUGAUAAUGCAUCAUGGAAUUACAUAGAGAAAAAAGAAUCCUAUGUACUAUAAAAAUAAAAACCAUUCCUUGAUUAUUGGUUGUUUGAUCACGACUAAAUGAAAUUGGAGCUAAAUAUUUGAAUUUUUGUGUAUUUGAUAGAUAUAAAUGAUAUAUUUCAAAACUCUGUGACUGGUUUGAAAGUGGUCUAUCAUUUGCCAUGGUACACAGAAUGCAGUCUCCCAGCUGACCAUCCCCCCAGCCAAUCAGAAGGUGUUCAAAUGGGCGUUUUUACUUAUUGCCCCUGCAGUGAGAGAUGCUAGUUUGCAGAUGAAAUCAAUAAAUUUGUUUUGUUUGAGCAGAACCCUCUUCACCUCGUUUACAUUACAUUCAUUUGUCUGCUACUUGCAGUUUUAUUAAAAAAAAUCAUAAAACACUGCAGAAUAUAUUGCUGGUAUAUAAAUAAUAUUCAAAUUCUUGUUAAGAUCUUCAUCAGUUAAAAAUGAAUUGUUGAGGGUUGAAUGAAGUGUUGAAAACAUGCCUUAUGGUUUUAGAACCUUAAUCCUAUUAAAACUGACACUAAUUAUGCUCUAACAGAAGAGCAGGAACAAUUGUCUGCACGUUGCACUAGCAGAAUGUUUAGCAAAUUUGAUACAUUUUAGGGGAUAAUUAAAACUAAAUAUAUUGCUCUUUCCCUCCUUGCUAAAGAGUGAUUGGCAGGGAGACCAGGAGAACCUCCUAUGGUCGUACCUCCUGGUUUUCAUCCCAGCGUCUGUAGUACAUGGGCUGUAGCUGCUGUGACAUUCUGUUGGAAAACAAGUCUCACGAUUGUCAGAACAGCGAUUAUGUCACACUGUUCUGACGUCGAUGUGCUAAAAUAUGACGGCAGGGUAUCGGCAUAAUUAAGGAAGGGGCAAAUGUGUUACAAGUUAGCAGGACAUCCAAAGAGCUGGCGUAGAUCUAGCGAAUCUCUUGUGACAAACUCACUUUAAGCAAACUAAAAAAUUUUUAAAAUUGUGGCUUGCUAAUUCUUGUACAAGUUAAAGAAAACCAAUCGAGUGACGUGUUUAAUCUGUUAAAGGCAGAGUUUUAUACAGAACGUGUUUACUGUGAUACUAAGGGAAUCGAAUUACCAUAUCAUUACUUUUAACAAUACUUUGUGCAUUUUAUGUGUUUUAUUUAAUGUUGUCUGUUAGGUACUGGCUAACUUGAAAAGUAUGACAAGAGUGUUAAAAAUAUAAAUAAUACCCUUUAAUAGUUCUAACAUGUAUUUUUUUUAUGCAUUUGUAUCUAUUCACUUUUAUUGAGUUAAAGGUUUGUUGUUGUUUUUUUGUUACCAAUUGUUUUGAAAUUGUCCAUACUAUUUAUAAGAGAAUAAAACUAACCAUUAAAAAC